UCGGGCCCGAGACCUGCGCUGCAGCUUCCGCCACACUCAGCAUGGUGUCGAUCGCCGUUGCGUAACUUCCUCCUGAGACCGGAAGUGCAAGGUCCUGCAAGCAUGGCGGCGUCGAAGGUGAAGCAGGACAUGCCCCCGGUGGGGGGCUAUGGCCCUAUCGACUACAAGCGGAACCUUCCGCGUCGGGGACUGUCGGGCUACAGCAUGUUCGCCGUGGGCAUUGGGGCCUUGCUCUUCGGGUACUGGAGCAUGAUGAGGUGGAACCGCGAACGCAGGCGUCUCCAGAUCGAGGACUUCGAGGCCCGCAUCGCGCUGAUGCCUCUGUUGCAGGCAGAGAAGGACCGGAGGGUUCUCCAGAUGCUUCGGGAGAACUUGGAGGAGGAGGCAACUAUCAUGAAGGACGUGCCGGGCUGGAAGGUGGGUGAGUCCGUGUUCCACACCACGCGCUGGGUGACUCCCAUGAUGGGCGAGCUCUACGGGCUGCGCACGCGCGAGGAGAUUCUCAACGCCACCUAUGGGUUCAUAUGGUACACGUAGGGGUCUGCGCCCCAGAGACUGCUGGACCCGCGCCCUCUCCCCCCUAGGAGAGAAUAAACGCUCUGGAGACUGGC